UUUCGCUAUUUACUUAUCAUCUGCGGAUAUUUGUUCUUGUCUGGCGUAGAAAACUUUCGUAUAUAUAAAGACCUCUAAAGCCUCGUCUUGUACAUUCACGAUUCCUGCAAAGACGCACAAUGAAGCUAACCACCUAUCUACUGGCACUCGUCCUGUUCGCCGGAUUCUGCCUGCUGCAGCCUUCCUCAGCCCAGUCGAACUCCACCACAUCCACCAACAGCACAACCACGGAUGCAACCACUACCACCACAGCCGCGCCCACAACCGUUCAUAGGAAACAUUUUACGAUCCGUAAUCUUCGCUAUAAGACAGUGCGCAGGAUCCAUGUUAACAAGAAAUCUGGUUAACAAGAUCUUUAGCAUACUAAACA